AUUUGUCGCCGUCCUCGUUUCAUCGCUUCUUCGUCGUCGUCUCCCCGUCCUUGUCGUCGUCGUCUCUCCGUCGUCGUCGUCGUCGUCGUCUCUCCGUCGUCGUCGUCGUCGUCGUCUCUCCGUCGUCGUCGUCGUCGUCGUCGUCUCUCCGUUGAUCCGUCGUCGUCGUCUCUUCGUUUAUUUAUCGUCGUCGUCGUCGUUUCUCAAUUGAUCUGUCGUUUCUACGUCUAUUCAUCUCAUUCUCUCUCUCGUGUGUCUGAUUUGAUUAAGGUUUGAAUCAUUUCAUUUUGUUAUACAUUAUCUAGGUUUUGUUAUAUAUUGUUGACGAUUUGAAGUUGAUUUUGUAGAACAAUGGAAGUUUUGUGCAUCUGUGGACAAUGGAUCUCAAAAGAAUCUCUCCAGUGGGAGUUUCUUGUUGAUUUGAAGAGGAAUGCAUCAAUCAUUUCCAUAGAAGAAGAUCUACUGUAUGAAGAUUUGAUGAAGAUUAUCUCUGAAGAUUUUAGUGUUAAAGAGGAAGAAAUCAGUUUGAGUUAUGGUUUUUCAUUGGAUAUGAAAUGUAUUAUUGAAAGUUUCCCCCCACUCUCGAUAGGUAAUACUCGUCAGCUCAGAACUUUCAUUUCCAAGACUAGAGCAUUUGAUGGAACCUGUCGUUUGUGUGUUAAGGUUUUUUUCUUACUUAGACUUUUCAGGAUAUGCUUCAUAACCAAUUAUUAUGCCUUACAGAACUACUUGACUCUAUGCAAGUUAGUACUGAUCCAGCUAGCUGUAACACUCAAGCUUCUGAUACAGUUGCUUCUACUGUUCCAUUGAAUGCCAAUCCAGCGAUUCUUUCUACUGUGCAGAGUGAAAAACAGAGUCUUCUAUUUGAAGGUGUUUCUACAGUUCCUGUGAAUGCUCUUCCGGAUUUUAGUACUGAUUCAGCUAGCUGUAACAUUCAAGCUUCUGAUACAUUUGCUUCUACUGUUCCAUUGAAUGCCAAUCCAGUGAUUCUUUCUACUGUGCAGAGUGAAAAACAGGUACAUUGUCCCUAAUUCCCUUUUUCUGUUUGUGUUUGCAUGAUAUGCUUCAUAAUCAAGUAUUAUGCCUUACAGAACUACUUGACUUUU